UACUCUAACGUGAAUUCUCUAUCCGAUAAUAAAUAAAUUUUGAAAAGGUACUAUAUCAAUCUUACUCUUAUAAAAGUGCAAAUAUUGGGAUAUUUAUUAAAUCAAAUUUCACGUUAUUUUUUACGUUACGAUUAAGAAAGAUAGAUAUUAACGUAACACAUGAAAAAACGUCACAUUAUUGGUUUUAUGAAAGAGAGACGAUCGUGAAAGGUGUGUGUAUGUAGAGUAAGAUCAAAAUUGAUAUGGUGAAUUAAAUUGGAGAAAAGAAAAAGUUUGUCUUGUGUAACUUUAAAAAAAGUUUUAAAAUAAACAUUUUAUUGCAUCGUUGAUGCAUAAUGAACACUCCAACUAGAGAAUUUUUAAGAAGACCAGACGGUUCCCGUAGAAGAUCUGCACGUCAAGCUUUAGCAGUCAUUCCUAACGUCCCGGGAAAUAAAAAGAGAUAUUUAUAUUGUACUUUUUUUAUUAAAAGUAAAUUAUACAAAUCCUUUGUAUCUAUGAAAGGAUGGUAUCCAUUUUUAUUAUGCUUUUAUUAGGAGAAAUUCUUCCUAUUGAACAUAAUACAAUGGACAAUGUAAUGAAUAGUCGGCAUACCGCAGAUUCUUGGAGUCAAGCUCCUAGUCCUGAUGAACUUGUUAUUCAGAAACGUGGAAGACGACGAAGGACUAUAGUUUGGUCACCAGAUUUAGAUGCCUGCAAGCGUGACAGCUUAUUAAGGUUAAUCUCAAUUAGCAGCUUAUUAAUGUUUAUCUCAUUGUUUUUGAGAUAUCAAAGUUCUAGGGAUCGAACUCCAGUAAAAAGUCCAUCAAAGUCAACUAUGAUAUUAAGAAGUACACCUAGAAAAAGAUUAUCACUUGGUGACUCAAAUGAGUCUAGAUUUACAGUAUCUGAAAAAAAAAGGAGGACACCUUCGAAAUCUAUGAGCGUGAUUGAUACUUCAAUGCAGAAAAAGUUUAAUGGAAAUUUAGUAAAUGGAUUACGAGGUCUUAGCCAUGAACAAUUGGUCAAACUUAUUACAGAUAUAAUAUCUAUGCAAGAAGAUGGUAAUCUACGCGAAGAUGAAAAAUUAAAGGAUGUUUUUAUGAAUAAAAUGCCAAUGGCAGAUAUACAACCACUGAGAGAAAAACUUUGUAAUUUAAGGCAAAAUAUCUAUGCUAGUCUUGUUUCCUCGAAUGCAGAGGACUGUGCGUAUAGUCGUGCAUACAUACACUUAGACACAUUUCAGAAAGCAGUAAUUGAUCAAGGAAAAAGACUUUUGGAAUCACAACAUUGGUCAUCUUUGAUACAAUAUGUUUUUGUAGCAUGGAAUAUAACUAAAGAAUUACCUGAAUGGGAAAGUCAAGGUUUAGAUAAUACGAAUUAUAAAUGUUUCAAAAAUUUAGCAUUAUUUUGUAGACGCGCGUUAACAGAAGGAUGCUUUAAUUUAUCUACAUUGAAUUUGUACAGAGAAAGAUUGGAAACCAUGGUGAAAGAUUGUGAAGAAAUAAAUGGUUGUUUACAGCUGCUGAAAGAAAUCAAUCCGGUUAUUGUCUAGGUAUAUUUAAAUAAUGAUAAAUUUACAUACCCCUUAAGUGGACAAGAACGUUGAAGUUAAUUGAGAAUUAUUCAUUUGUUUACAGCGUCGUAGUAUUAUUUUCUUAUAUAUUAUUUAAUAUAAUAAUUUAUAUAAAUAGAGAAAAAGAUGAAGGAGUAUAUCAUCGUGAUAAAAAUCGAGUGUCUUUUCAUUAUUGUGUCAAGAUUUGUUGGUAAGUUUGUCCAGCAAUUUUGUUGCUAUAAUAGAUCUAUAUAUAUAUAUAUAUAUAUAUAUAUACAUAUAUACAUAUAUAUAUAUAUAUAUAUAUAUAUAUAUACAUACAUACAUACAUAUAUAUAUUUUUGUUAAUAUAUACAUCUAUUUUUAUAACAUUAUUAUACACUUCAUUGACUUCGACUGAGAUCUUACGCAUCUGAAAUGCUUAUCGCGAAUGAAACAAUCUCUAUAAAUUAUUAGCUUAAUUAAAUAUUUUCUUAAGUAAUUAAAUUUCAUGGAACAGAUUUUAUGAGUUAUUACUAAGUUGUUCGUUCCAUGUAAAGUAGACAGAAUCUAAAAUUCACGAUUUUGAAAUUAUUGACGUUCAUAUAGUUUUAUAAGUAUGAAAAGAGUAAAUGCUAUUUAUAAAUGAUGUAUUGGUAUAAGUGUGAUCAUUCUUCCUUUUUUUUUCUUUUUUUUCUUUUUUUUUUUUUUUUUUGUUUUGUUUUUUCUUUCUUUUUGUCACAUAUAAUAUUUUACAUACGCAUGUAAAAUUUUGCAUGUCAGUUAAAAUGUGAAAGUAUCGUUUGUUUCAUAUAUUACGUCAAUGCAUUGAAAUACUCAAUUUCUAUAAUUUUAUGAUGAUACAUAUGCGGAGAUUAAUUAAUAAUUAUUAAUCUUAUCCUAUAUCAAUCUAUAUAAAUGUGAAGAGUGAUAGGAACCUGGAUUAAAUUUAUUAAAAACAAUUUUUUUAUUCGUCAUAUAUAUCAUAUAUUCUUACAUAAUAUAUCUGUUAUUACUUCUGAAAAAGGCACAUACUUUAUUAAUUAGUAAUCAUCAGAAAUUUUCUUUUAAAGGCCUAUGUCAGGGCCAAAACGAGACAUUUAUAUUUAAGGAUUAUAACAACAUGCUUAUAGAAAUUUUCUGAUGUAGCAGUAAAAUCUCUCUAUUCUAUUAGAAUAUUGCAUCAUGAUUUUGAGAUUCUUCUGAACUACUAAUGGUAUACGUUUUAAAAUGGAAUUUUAUCAAUCACACAUAAUAUUUAUUCUACCUUGCAUUCAAUAUUCUUUCCACCUCGUACGUACUUACACACUGGUCAUUUUUAUGUCUAUCUUGGCAAGACUAUAUUACACCGUACUAUCGAAACAUUUUCAAAAUCCGAGAUUAUUUAUUUUUAAUCGGAUCGUGAAAAUGUCUGACACGAAUUAAAUGUAACAGGUCUCGCAACAAGAAUCUGAUUUCAUCUAAACAUAGAUAUUUAGGUGAAACAAAUUAAUGAGAAUAGGCACGUGAUUAUUAAGUACAGAAAACAUAUUGUUCGGAACAUGCGUAUCUUGAAUAUUUCCGCGUGAUAUAUACGAAGAGAGUUGUAAUUUCUUAAAAGUGUCCUUAUUUAGAUAAAGGCGAAUUAUAUUAGACUUCGUCUCUCUCGACGGUGAAUUUUCAUGCGUGCGUCGUGCGUGCGUGCAUGCGUGCGUGCGUAUGUUUGUAUGUGUGUGUGUGUGGUGUGUGUUCGUGUAUGUUUGUAUAUGUGUAUCAUAGAUUAGAAGAUUAAAACGAGUCGUUAAGAAACA